AUGGUAGGUGGCUUGCAAUUUAAGCGGGAGACCAUGGCCAAAAUGGAGGUGAAAACCUCACUUCUGGACAAUAUGAUUGGCGUUGGAGACAUGGUUCUUUUAGAACCUCUCAACGAGGAGACCUUCAUCAACAACCUCAAGAAGCGUUUUGACCAUAAUGAAAUAUAUAACGUCUUCCUCCACUUUGCCCUGUCAGAUGAAGCAUACAGAUCCCUACGAGAUCAAGAUAAAGACCAAUGUAUUCUCAUUACUGGGGAAAGUGGAGCAGGAAAAACAGAGGCCAGCAAGCUUGUCAUGUCCUAUGUGGCAGCUGUUUGUGGAAAAGGAGCAGAAGUUAACCAAGUCAAAGAACAGCUUUUACAGUCGAACCCGGUCUUGGAAGCUUUUGGAAAUGCCAAAACUGUAAGGAAUGACAACUCCUCUAGAUUUGGCAAAUAUAUGGAUAUUGAAUUUGACUUUAAAGGUGAUCCACUGGGAGGAGUAAUAAGUAACUAUCUUCUAGAGAAAUCUCGGGUUGUUAAGCAACCAAGAGGUGAAAGAAACUUCCAUGUGUUCUAUCAGCUGCUCUCUGGUGCCUCUGAAGAGCUCCUCAAUAAACUUAAACUGGAGCGAGAUUUCAGCAGAUACAACUACCUGAGUCUGGACUCCGCUAAAGUUAAUGGAGUGGACGAUGCAGCAAAUUUCAGAACCGUUAGGAAUGCCAUGCAGAUUGUGGGCUUUAUGGAUCACGAAGCUGAGUCUGUCUUGGAGGUAGUGGCGGCAGUGUUGAAACUGGGGAACAUCGAGUUCAAGCCCGAAUCUCGAGUGAAUGGUUUAGAUGAAAGCAAAAUCAAAGAUAAAAAUGAGUUAAAAGAAAUUUGUGAGUUGACUGGCAUCGAUCAGUCAGUUCUAGAACGGGCAUUCAGUUUCCGAACAGUUGAGGCCAAGCAGGAGAAAGUUUCAACUACGCUGAACGUGGCUCAGGCUUAUUAUGCCCGUGAUGCUCUGGCUAAAAACCUCUACAGCAGGUUGUUUUCAUGGUUGGUAAAUCGAAUCAAUGAAAGCAUAAAGGCACAAACAAAAGUGAGAAAGAAGGUUAUGGGUGUUUUGGACAUUUAUGGCUUUGAAAUUUUUGAGGACAACAGCUUUGAGCAGUUCAUUAUUAAUUAUUGUAAUGAGAAGCUGCAACAGAUCUUCAUUGAACUUACCCUUAAAGAAGAACAAGAAGAGUAUAUACGGGAGGACAUAGAGUGGACUCACAUUGACUACUUCAAUAAUGCUAUCAUAUGUGACCUAAUAGAAAAUAACACAAAUGGAAUCCUGGCCAUGCUGGACGAAGAGUGUCUGAGGCCUGGCACGGUCACUGAUGAGACUUUCUUAGAAAAGCUGAACCAGGUCUGCGCCACCCACCAGCACUUCGAGAGCAGGAUGAGCAAGUGCUCUCGGUUCCUCAACGACACGACGCUGCCUCACAGCUGCUUCCGAAUCCAGCAUUAUGCUGGCAAGGUGCUGUACCAGGUGGAAGGAUUUGUUGACAAAAACAACGACCUCCUCUAUCGAGACCUGUCCCAGGCUAUGUGGAAGGCCAGCCACGGCCUCAUCAAGUCUUUGUUCCCCGAAGGGAAUCCCACCAAGAUCAACCUGAAAAGGCCUCCGACUGCAGGCUCUCAGUUCAAGGCAUCCGUGGCCACUCUGAUGAAAAACCUACAGACCAAGAACCCAAACUAUAUUAGGUGUAUCAAACCAAAUGAUAAAAAAGCAGCACACAUCUUCAACGAGGCCCUGGUAUGUCAUCAGAUCAGGUACCUGGGCCUUUUGGAGAAUGUUCGAGUGCGGAGGGCCGGCUAUGCCUUCAGGCAGGCAUACGAGCCUUGCCUGGAACGCUACAAAAUGCUUUGUAAGCAAACGUGGCCCCAUUGGAAAGGACCAGCAAGGUCUGGUGUGGAGGUCCUGUUUAAUGAAUUAGAGAUUCCUGUUGAAGAAUACUCCUUUGGUAGAUCAAAGAUAUUCAUCCGAAACCCAAGAACACUUUUCAAAUUAGAAGAUUUGAGGAAGCAAAGGCUCGAGGACUUGGCCACACUCAUUCAGAAGAUUUAUCGGGGGUGGAAAUGCCGCACACACUUCCUGCUAAUGAAGAAAAGCCAGAUCGUGAUUGCUGCCUGGUACAGGAGAUACGCGCAACAAAAGAGGUAUCAGCAGAUAAAGAGUUCUGCCUUGGUAAUUCAGUCUUAUAUCCGGGGUUGGAAGGCUCGAAAAAUCCUGCGGGAACUAAAGCAUCAAAAGCGCUGUCAGGAAGCAGUCACAACCAUUGCGGCGUACUGGCACGGGACCCAGGCUCGAAGGGAAUUGAAACGCUUGAAGGAGGAGGCUAGGCGUAAGCAUGCAGUUGCUGUCAUUUGGGCUUACUGGCUUGGACUGAAGGUACGUAGGGAGUACCGGAAAUUCUUCAGAGCCAAUGCUGGAAAGAAAAUCUAUGAGUUUACACUUCAGAGAAUUGUGCAAAAAUACUUCUUAGAAAUGAAAAAUAAGAUGCCUUCCUUAUCUCCAAUAGACAAGAAUUGGCCAUCAAGACCCUAUCUAUUCUUGGAUUCUACUCACAAGGAGCUAAAAAGAAUUUUCCACUUGUGGAGGUGUAAAAAAUACAGGGACCAAUUCACAGACCAGCAGAAACUUAUUUAUGAAGAGAAACUAGAAGCCAGUGAACUCUUCAAAGACAAGAAGGCUUUAUACCCGUCCAGUGUUGGGCAGCCAUUCCAAGGGGCUUACCUGGAAAUCAACAAGAACCCCAAGUAUAAGAAACUCAAAGAUGCCAUUGAAGAAAAGAUCAUCAUUGCUGAAGUCGUGAACAAAAUUAACCGUGCUAAUGGGAAGAGUACAUCCCGGAUUUUCCUCUUAACAAACAAUAAUCUCCUCCUUGCUGAUCAAAAGUCUGGACAAAUCAAGUCCGAGGUUCCCUUGGUGGAUGUGACCAAGGUGUCAAUGAGCUCACAAAACGAUGGCUUCUUCGCGGUGCACCUCAAAGAGGGCUCAGAAGCAGCCAGUAAAGGAGACUUUCUCUUCAGCAGUGACCACCUGAUUGAAAUGGCCACCAAGCUCUAUCGCACGACUCUCAGCCAAACCAAACAGAAGCUCAAUAUUGAAAUUUCCGAUGAGUUCCUGGUACAGUUCAGACAAGACAAAGUGUGUGUGAAGUUUAUUCAGGGCAACCAGAAAAAUGGGAGUGUCCCAACAUGCAAACGAAAAAACAACCGUCUCCUUGAAGUUGCUGUCCCUUAACUAGCGUGUCCUCUCUACUUUCAUGGACUUGUUUCUGUGUAAUAGUGCAAUUUGGUUUUGUUUUGUUUGGGGUUCAUGAUAUGUUUGGGAAUUGCCAAAGGCUAACUGUUAGAGUCCUUUGAUGAAAUAAAAAUAUUUGACUAAUCAAUUUUUAUUAUUGGAAUAGUUUUAACCUUUCAAAUACAUGUUCUGUCCUGGAGCAGGAUUGUAGAAACUAACAGUAUCUAUUUUCAUGUCAUAUGUGUUCUUUGUUUAGUCAUCAUGUUAGAUCUGUGUACCCUAAGUCAACAUAUUACUCAUAAAUCAUUAAUACAUAUAAAUGUAGGAAGUGGUCUUAAAAGAUAGUACAUUCAUUCAUCAAAUAUUUAUUCAAUGCCUACUGUGUGCUAGGCACUGUGCUAGAUGGUAUGAAAACUUACUAGGGAACCUUUUAAGGCCAUUCCAUUCUGGCUGGUUUGUGCUGGUUUAACAACCGCUAAGAAAGUUUGAAAAUGUUGAGACCAAAACAAUAACUGUUAAUGAUGGACAGCUUUAUUAGGAACCCUGUAGUCUGAUCUUUUAACAUGUAUGUUUCAAGAAGGGCUGGUCCUAGGAGGGAGUAGGAGUAUAUGACUAAGUAAAACCCCUCUACAUGUGGUUUCUGUUUGAAAAAAAGAAAACUGACAUUUGAACAGGACUUUUAAUCUGUUUAGAUCUCCUGUAAUUAUUUUUAGACAGUAGGAAACAGAAGUGACAGAAGCAGUCCAAUAAGAGUAGAUGUUCCUGUUUCUGGUAAACAUCAUAUAUGAUCCUAGAUAUACUAAUAUCUGCAGAGGAUUGUUUUCACCCAAGUUUCAGUAGAUAUUGUAAACAGCUAAUACAAUAAAGGGCUAAAAGCCUUUCAGAUAGUGGUAAACGUUCUGUAUGAUGUGCAAUAAAACAUCCAAAAUCUUUUUUUGAAAGUUUUAUUUAUAAUAUACAUUUUUGUAUGAGAAAGGUGAUUGGUACAGGGUGCAUAUUUUAGUCAAGGAUCAAAAUUAAGUUUGUAUAAUUUUCAGGGCUUUCUUUCUUUCUUCAAAUUUACAAUAAGAAUUCAUUUUGGAAACUACAUUUUAAACUUUGGAAUCAAAUUGUUUCUUAUUUGGGAGGGUAAUGUAUAUACAUUGGUAUUAUGUUAAAUAAUAAAAUUGUUCUAAAUUUGGUGCCA